AUGUUGGAUCAGUAUGAAGUGCUUGAGCAAAUUGGGAAAGGGGCAUUUGGUUCUGCUCUUCUCGUAAGGCAUAAACUUGAAAAGAAGAAGUAUGUGUUAAAAAAGAUACGUCUUGCUCGCCAAACAGCUAGGACUCGUCGAAAUGCACAUCAGGAGAUGGAACUUAUAUCCCGGAUGCGAAACCCAUAUAUUGUUGAGUACAAAGACUCCUGGGUGGAGAAGGGUUGCUAUGUCUGCAUUGUUAUUGGCUAUUGCGAAGGAGGAGAUAUGGCAGAAGCAAUUAAGAAAGCAAAUGGUGCUCUUUUCCCAGAAGAGAAACUAUGUAAAUGGCUUGUUCAGCUCCUUAUGGCCCUUGAUUACUUGCACACAAAUCAUAUUCUUCACCGGGAUGUUAAGUGUUCAAAUAUCUUCUUAACAAAAGAUCAGGACAUUCGUCUUGGUGACUUUGGACUUGCCAAGCGGUUGAGUUCCGAUGAUCUUGCUUCCUCUAUUGUUGGAACUCCUAGUUACAUGUGUCCCGAGCUACUUGCUGAUAUACCCUAUGGUUCCAAGUCAGAUAUAUGGUCUCUGGGUUGUUGCAUUUAUGAAAUGUGCGCGCACAAGCCAGCUUUCAAGGCUUUCGAUAUUCAGGCAUUAAUAAAUCGAAUAAACAAGUCCAUUGUGGCACCUCUUCCGGCACAAUACUCUAGUGGACUCCGUGGUCUGAUCAAAAGCAUGCUGAGGAAAAACCCAGAACUUCGACCAAAUGCUGCAGAGCUUCUUAGACACCCGCACCUUCAGCCUUAUGUGCUCAAUAUUCAUGUCAAACUGAGUGGGCCCAGGAGGAACAGUUUUCCACUCAAUUGGCCUGAGACCAAUUAUAUGAAGAAGAACAGAUUCUCUGAGCCAGUGAAUACUGGUUUACCCACGUACAAAGAGAAGCGUCUGUCUUAUGGUGGUGACAGGAACUUAAAUCCUAGUAUAUCUGAUGCUGAGCAUGAUUAUUCAUUUUCAAACCAAACAGUUCAAAACAACCGCAACUUUCUGCAUCGAGGAAUGGUAGAUGUAUCUGUUGGAAGUACGCCAGAAGUUUCAUCCAUUACCAAAAGAAUUACUCCAAAGGCCUCAAGUGUGACCAAGAACCCAAAGGCAACCAUGACAAAACCAUCUCCAAACUUAAAGAAACAAGGAGGGUUAAUGAAAAACCGUGAAUCGCUUCCCUUUUUCUCAUCGGCGAAGAAGUCUGUUCCUGCAACUCGUAGAGCUUCUUUACCAUUGUCAAUGAAGGGUGAAUUUCGAGAAUCAGGUCGCAAGCCCAAUCUCGGUGUACUAGACUCUAUUAAAUCCCCAGAUGUGUCAGUAAAUGCCCCCCGUCUUGAUCGGAUGGUUGAAUUCCAUUUAGACUCGUUUGAGGAUUCCAUGCUUCCCAUCCGGAGAACUUCAUCAGUUUCUGUGCAAGAUUCCUCAAACUCACCUCAAGGUGACCGUUCGAUCAUGAAGGAUAAAUGCACAGUGGAGGUUCUGGACAAACCACUUCGACGGUUUAGUUACCCAUAUGCUUGGCAAGGAUUUGAAGAAAAUAAACCUGCCAUGGAUAGGGGAGCCGCUAGUGAAUCUUCUGACCUAAAUGCUACUGCCGGGGCUUCAAGCAGGACGUCAUCAGACCUGCAGCGCCGACGCUUUGACAUGUCAUCACAUCAGCAGCGCGCUGAAGCUCUAGAAGGAUUGCUUGAAUUUAGUGCCAGACUGUUGCAAGAGGAAAGGUUUGAAGAACUUGGCGUGUUAUUGAAACCAUUUGGUCCGGAGAAAGUGUCCCCUAGGGAAACCGCCAUUUGGUUGACAAAGAGUUUUAAGGAAAAUACUGCUAACCAGGUAGAUCAACCCUUGACUACCCAACCAAUCUGA